GGGCCAGUGUAGCGUGACAGUCGGCAUCAACCUUCGCGGCGAAACGCGGCAUGCAUCACCUGCGAGCAUGACGAACUAAAAGCGCGCGCGAAACCAUACGUACCUGAAAAUUUAAAAAAUAAAAAACUAAAUGUUAACACCAAUAAAAAAUAUAGGCCAAAAAUAAAGUGCCAGUGACGAUCAAUUUAAAUUUCGAAUUUAUUAUACGCGUACAUAUUUUUUUUUUUUUUUAUUGAAAUAAGUGAAAAUGGGUUUGAAACCUGAAGAUGAUAAAAGACCCAGCAAGCUGGCUAUCAUGGAGGACGAUGCACCGAACCCACAAAGUGGCCUCGGUACGCGGCACUUCGUCACCUUCAUGCUGUUCCUUGGGAUGGCGAACGCCUACAUCAUGAGGACCAACAUGUCGGUGGCAAUAGUCGCCAUGGUGAACCACUCGGCGCUCCCGGUUAUAGCGGAGCACAUAGACACGGAGUGCGGGAACGUCGAUGGGAAUAAUACCAGCUCGGCAGCAUCGCAAGACGGCCAGUUCGUCUGGACUUCGACAUUACAGGGUUAUAUUCUGUCAUCAUUUUUCUAUGGAUACGUCCUCACUCAGAUCCCCUUUGGAAUUCUCUCUAAAAGAUACGGAGCCCGCCUGUUCCUAGGGGUUGGUAUGCUGGUCAACUCAGUGUUUGGUCUGCUGGUGCCGGUCGCCGCUGAGGCCGGCGUCGAGUGGCUCAUCCUAGUCCGGUUCAUACAGGGAUUAGGAGAGGGUCCUAUAGUACCGUGCUCUCACGCUAUGCUGGCCAAAUGGAUCCCGCCCAACGAGAGGAGUCGGAUGGGAGCAGCUGUAUAUGCCGGAGCCCAAUUCGGCACGGUAAUCUCCAUGCCUCUAUCUGGUCUCCUCUCCGCCUAUGGUUUCUCUGGCGGCUGGCCGUCCAUCUUCUACGUGUUCGGUCUCAUCGGCACUGUCUGGUGCUUGGCCUUCCUGUUCUUCGUCUCCGAGGAUCCAGAGCAGUGCAAGAGUAUAAAGGAGACUGAGAAGAAGUAUAUCCUCAGCUCGCUGUGGGGCAACGCUGGGUCGAGUUCACCACCGAUCCCAUGGAGCAAGAUCCUCACGUCGAUGCCAUUCUGGGCGAUCAUGUUGGCGCACAUGGGACAGAACUACGGGUACGAGACGCUGAUGACUGAGCUUCCUACCUUUAUGAGACAAGUGCUGCAUUUCUCUAUCAAGGAUAACGGCUUCGUCUCUGCCCUCCCUUACCUGUGCAUGUGGCUCUUCUCCAUGUUCAUCUCCGUGGUGGCUGACUGGAUGCUGUCCAGCGGCAGAUUGAACCACACCCAAGUCAGGAAGAUCAUCAACAGUAUCGGUGAAUACGGCCCUGCGAUUGGUCUGUUUAUAGCCGCCAACACUGGCUGCAACCCCGCCGCCACCGUCGCCAUUCUGGCCAUCGGUGUCGGACUCAACGGCGGUAUAUACUCUGGUUUCAAGGUGAACCACUUGGACCUGUCGCCGCGUUUCGCCGGCAUCCUGAUGUCGUUCACAAACUGCCUCGCCAACCUCACGGGGCUCUUAGCGCCCAUCGUGGCCGGAUACAUCAUCGAGGGAAGGCCUACGCAAGCACAGUGGAGAAUAGUAUUCUACAUCGCUGGCGGUGUCUACAUCUUCUGUGCAACUUUCUACAAUAUCUUCGGUUCGGGCCAAAGGCAAGAAUGGGACAAUCCUGCACAAGACGAAGCGAUCGCCAAAAAGGCAGCCGACAAGAAGGCCGCCAAAAUCGAGAAAAAGGCGGCAAAGAAUCAAAAUCUGGCGGAAACGGCCCAAUAACGAGCAUUAAAAAGUUUGUAACGCUUUACGAACAUAAUAUCUGGCAGUUAACAUUUUUGAAAGUAAAAUAAGGUUUUUUUUAAUGCGAUUAAAUUUUUAAAUGAGUCAUGUUUCAUUUCAUUAUGGUUGUGUAAUUUUGUUUGUUUAGCGUUAGAAAUCCGAUUGGAGAUCUUUUAUAGUGGGCGAGGAAUAAAAUAGUUGUAUAUAUUUGUUUAAGAUAUUUUACUAUUUCCUUUUGUCUUCUAUUAAAAUGUAAGUGCAUAAAUUUAUUUAAAAAAAAAAUAUUUGCAGAUUCAAAGAUCGUAUAAUUGAAUAGGACGUCUGGUAACUAGGUUUAAAUUCUAUACAUUUUAAUCUUCAUUUAAAAAAGCGCACAUCAUCGGGCUGUGAUAAACUUCUUAAAGUUGGCAGCGACACUCCAAUCGGAUGACUUUUCAAUGACUCGUUUAUUCUAUAUUGUAUAAUUAUAUAUUUCUAUUACCAUAAAAGUAUUGUCUUUUAAUUUAAGUUAAGCCAUUUAUGUGAUGAACGAAAGAAAAAUUUCGGGUCCAAGGGUAAAAAAAUGUUACCGUCCAGUGACUAUAAAAAGCAAGUGUCAUUUAUUUUUUGUCGUAAUAGUGCCAUUGUUUCAGAAUUUGCAUUUGAAAAGUUGCAUUAUUAACUCGAAUAGCCGACAAAUUGUUAAAUUUUAAACUUACCAAUACUUAUCAUUUUCAUAGACUAAAUUACGAUGCUCAAUAAAAAAUAUGAAGAUUGUACAAGGCCCAAGGCCCAAAUGAAAAAAAAAAUUGUCUAUGUGUGAUUUAGUGCCAAACGGUAAUAUUUUUUGUGUUGUUAUUAUUUUCGCUCGAAGCGAUUUGUUGCAUUAGAUAAGAAUUUUAAAUGUUUUAUUUGAUUAAGACUACUAUUUAUGGAAUUAGUUGUAGUUCAUGUGACGUCAUCAGGCGCUAUGAGCCCAGGAGCUUAUGUGAUCAUUCUGUUAUAAGUUAGAUUGUAGUAUGUAGUACCUAAUUUUUAAAAAAUACCAUAGACAAUUAUGCUGAGAAAUAUGGUUAAAUAAAUUUUCUCAAGUUAAUGUUAUUAUUCAAAAUCCAAUUUAAUAAACCUGAGCCGAUAGAAAGGAAAGCAGGACCAUAUAACGUAAAAAAACAUAUUCCAUAAUACAGUAAUGUUUAUUUGAGUAUGAGUUGACGCGAAUCAUAUAAGCACUUUCUUUCAAUUUAAAAAAAGUUGUGUGGCCAGCCUUAUUUUGUCUAUGGAAAUAGUGUAAUGAGCUUCCUAUUUACUAAAAUUAUUCAUUAACAAACUUGAAAUUAAGUAAUGUAAUUACUGCAGACGAUAUAAGUGUGCCUUAGUCGAGAAUCGAACAGCGUUGAACACCUUCAGCCAAAAUUUUUAUAAAAAACUCAUUUUGAGUGCCGCUUUUGUUUAAGCGCUCUUGUAAGAUGUAAAUAAAAGUUGUAAUACAGAAAUAUUAGAGAACA